AUGCUGGUGAACGAGCACCUGACGUCGCAGGACGCCGCGAACCGCUCGCUGAAGGAGGAGGUGGCGUUCCUCAAGCAGACGUUGGCCAAGCAGACCCACGAGCAGAGCGAGAUGUUCCACUACUUCCACGACAAGACGGACGAGCACAUGGCGCGCAUUGCCGAGCUCGAGAGGGCGCUGAUCAUUGGGCAGGAGAGGUCCCAGGAAGAAGCCGCGGCUCUGAAGGAGGAACUGCGGCAGGUGCACGCGUUCGCAGUCGCUAAGCGCGAGUUGGAGGCCCACACACACGCGCUCGAGACGCAGUUGGACGCCCAGCGAGCAGCGUUCCAGACGCAAAUGCAGGAUCUAGAGCGGAGCAAUCUAGUGGAGCAGGCACGCACCAAGCAGGAGCUGAUGGGGAGGAUGCAGGCUGCCAAGGCGGAGUUAAUGCUGCGGACGAACGACCAGGUAGUGUCGACGACACAGCGAACGUUGCUGGAGAACGAGCACUUCACGCAGGAGCUAGCGUUCCAGAGUCGCGAGACGGAGCGUCUCUUGGAGAAACUCGACGCGGCACAGAAGGAGGCGGCCACCUUACGAGCCAAGAACACGGUGCUAGAAGCCAACGAACAGUUGAUGGCCAAGAAGAACCGCUACUACCAAAAGAUCCUGGCCAAGCUGCAGCAUCCAAAGGCUGACGAAGGCGCUACAGCACUUCAACUUGAGCUUAGUAGCCCCAAACGCGUUGAGCUUGAAGCGCAGUUGCAGCGCGCGCUUGAGUGGCUCCGUGUGUUCCAGCGAGAGCGUCAGUUCAUUUUGGCGCAGCAAGACGAAGUCAUCCAAUUCCUCUACCGCUCACUGGACGAAGCAGCUGAAGCUCAACGACUCUGCAAGCUCAAUAAGCGCGUCGAAGAUUUGAUUCAGCAGGCUCCAAGCACGACGACUAUGGAGGCAUUCGGCCGACGAGUCUUAGCACAACGCCCAGCGUUGGACGAAUUGUCGUCAUCCGAUGCACACGAAGUGCUUCUCUUCCUGCUGGAAAAGCUUCGUCUGUAUCAAGUUCGGAUCUCCGCGAUCUACCCGAAUUCGUGCUCGGUAUCAAACGCCACGAGCCCCGUGAAACAGAUGCUUGAGCGGCAACUAGGCGUUGAGUUGCCUCCCAUCGCCACUAGCAGUAGCAACUCAAGCCCCAGUCCGUCCUCGAACAAGCAAAAGCGCCGUGUAUUUGCUCACGUAGUCGCGACUGUGGAUGCGGGCAGCAUGGAGUGGCUGGGGUCGCCGAAGGCCAAAGUCGCCCCUGCGCCCCAAGCUCCUCUAAGCCCGCAACUCCUAGCGAUGGCCACGAACCAGUUCAACUUUAUCGGUUCAAGCACGAAGCGUAGCAGUCCGACGAAAAGAAGGUACCAGCAACUUCACCACAGCUCGUUGGGGAGGAAUCCGGCCGCUUCUCCGCCUCGCAAAGCGCAAACGCAGAUUCAGCCGUUGAUCCCGUGGAGUAAGGACGAAGUUCUGGGCCCUUGGCAGGGAACAGCUUCCACGGCCUCCAUCCCCGAGUGGAAUCCGAUCAGUGAAGCGAACCAAUAG